CAGCGGACUUUGCAGAGAGAGGGGGGCGAGAAAAGAGAGGAAGCCGAGAUUUAAGGAGAAGAGCGGCUUGAUUUGACUGUAUACCUUUGUUCGUCUGUAGUAGCUGUGACUUUGGCUUAAACACUUUCCCUUUCUCUUCUCCGGGUUCUUGUUUUUACGCGCAGUUGUGUUUUUGUUUUUUACGCACGGUUUGUCGGGCGACAUAGCUGUCCGACUUCGGCGGUGGAGAUGUCUUUCCCCCAGCUGGGCUACCCGCAGUACUUAAGUGCCUCCCAGGCGGUGUAUGGCAGCGAGAGACCGGGAGUGCUGACGCCAUCGUCCCGCGGAGGAAGCACCGAAAUCGGGGGAAGCCCGUCAGCCACAGCGGCGGCGGUCACGUCGGUGUUGGGCAUGUACGCCAACCCGUAUGCGCACAACUACAGCGCUUUUUUGCCUUACACCAGCGCGGACUUGGCUCUUUUCUCACAAAUGGGGUCCCAGUAUGACUUAAAGGACAGUCCUGGCGUCCAUCCUGCUAGCUUCGCUGCCCACACUUCUCCAGCCUUCUACCCCUACGGUCAGUUCCAGUACGGGGACCCGGCCAGGCCAAAGAACGCCACCCGGGAGAGCACCAGCACCCUGAAGGCCUGGCUAAACGAGCACCGGAAGAACCCGUACCCGACCAAGGGGGAGAAGAUCAUGCUGGCCAUCAUCACCAAAAUGACGCUGACGCAGGUCUCCACCUGGUUCGCCAACGCCAGGAGGAGGCUCAAGAAGGAGAACAAGGUGACCUGGGGAACCAGGAGCAAAGAGGACGAGGAGGACGGCAACUUGUUCGGCAGCGGAGAUGAGGCGGAGAAAAACGAAGAUGAGGAGGAGAUCGAUUUGGAGAGCAUUGAUAUAGACAAAAUCGACGAUAACGACGGGGAUCAAAGCAACGAGGAUGACGACGAUAAAUCAAACGAGGGGAGCAGGGACCACAGGGGCGGUGGCGGCGCAGGUGGUGAGCUGGACAGCUUGGAGAAAAGACGGGCCUUCGCCCUUCAGGCCCACGAGGCCUUCGACAAAUCUAAAAGCACCAUUUCAGUUCAUCAAGGGAGUAAAGAGGCCGCGGAUGGCAACAAUAACAACACCACGAGAGUUUUGUCCCCGGACAGACCUGGGAGCUUUCCUCUCCCAGCUAACAAUAAGCCUAAAAUAUGGUCCUUGGCUGAGACCGCUACUAGUCCCGAUAGUUCAACCCAGAAACCCACGUCUCCUUGUGGCCCUGCGACCACCCACCCCUCAGCGCCCCACCAGCUCCAAACUCACCCGGCCUUCCUCCCCAGCCAUGGACUGUACACAUGCCAGAUUGGGAAGUUCCAUAACUGGACAAAUGGCGCUUUCCUGGGCCAAAACUCCCUGCUGAACGUGAGGUCGUUUCUGGGAGUAAACCAGCACCAUCACCACCAUCACCACAACCACCACUUGCCGGCUCAGCAGCAGCAGCAGCAGCAGCCGACGUCGGUGGUGGUGUCGCCAGUAGCAGCUGCAGCAGCACUCAGCAAUGACAGCAAGGCCCCACAGGAGACCCACAGUCCUAAGCACAUAGACCAUGAAAAUGGUGUAAGAUCUGAUUCGCCUCCAUCACAGCCCCUGAAGUCAUCCUUUCGACCCCUCCAUGACAGAUCCUCUCUGCCUUCCAGCGCCAGGAGUCCACAAGACGCCACGCAACGGGUCCUCACUGCUCUCUCCUCGGCUUGAUCAAGACAUUUUUUUUUUGUGCUUAAAAAAAUAAACAAAGAAAAGAAAAGAAAGACAGAAAAAAGACUUUAUUCACACUCCCUAAAAAAGGACAAUGAGAAAUAACCUAAUGCAUCGUAGCAUUCAGUCGGUACAGAACAAAUGGCGUAAUUUGGUAAUAUCCUGUGGAUGGAUGGAUUACUUCCUCUAUUGUUGUGUAGCCUAUAAUCGCGCCUAUAAUGUUACUCUCUCUCUCUCUCUCUACCCCCCCCUCCUCGACUUUGCCCAGGCAGGCUGGGACAUUUUUUGGUAGGCUUUUUAUUUUUAUUAUUAUUAUUUUGUCUCUAUCUUGUGUUUUUGGUGUCCUUCCUUUAAUGUAAAUACCAAGUGAUUUAAAUUUGU